CUUAACAUUGAUUCUUUGAUUGACGGUUUAGAAGAUUUGUCUGAGUUGAAGCUUCUGUGGAACUUCUGUACUGGCCAGUGAGCAAACAGGAAGUGGAGUGGGAACAGCACUGAACUGGGACCCAGGACCUGGGCUCCAGCCUUAGGUCUCCUUCCUGGUGUCUCCACGUUUCCUCACCAAGAAGCCGAGGGGUUACGUGAUAGAGCUCAUCUCCUAACCCUCACUGGACUCUGGCCCAGAUCUGAGAUGACUUUGAAGACUCAAAUGUUUCAGAAUGUAUAUCCUCGAGGCCGAUGGCUGUUUCAACCACUGACAAUUUUGCUGCUGUUGGCUUCUGCAGAAAGGCAAACUGAUCUCCCAAAGGCUGUGGUGAGACGCGAGCCCCCAUGGAUCCAGGUGCUCCGGGGAGACCACGUGACACUGACCUGUGAGGGGGCCCGCGGGCCUGGGGACCACUCCACCCAGUGGGUCCACAGCGGGAGCCCCAUCCCCGCCCAGGUCCAGCCCAGCUACAGGUUCACCGCGGAAACGAAUAACAGUGGAGAGUACCGGUGCCAGCAGGGCGGGACCAGCCUUAGCGACCCUGUGCUUCUGAACGUGAUUUCGGACUGGCUGCUGCUCCAGACCCCACAGCUGGUGUUCCAGGAGGGGGAAGACAUCACGCUGCGGUGCCACAGCUGGCGUGACAGGCCAUUGGCAAAGGUCACAUUCUACCACAAUGGAGUAGCCAAAAGAUUUUUCAAUUUCAAUAGCAAGUUCUCUAUCCCACGAGCAAACCACAGUCAUAGUGGUGAUUACCACUGCACAGGACAUAUAGCACAGACAUCCCACAAAUCACAGCCUGUGACCAUCACUGUCCAAGGAGGUCCGGCAAUCCCAGUUCCAUCCAUCUCUCCUCCUUGGUACCAAAUCAUUUUCUGCCUGGUGAUGGGACUGCUGUUUGCAGUGGACACAGGGCUGUAUUUCUUUGUGAAGAGAGACCUUCAAAGGUCAAUGACAGACUGCAAGACUGAAGUCAGAUGGUACAAGGACAUUCAGGACAAAUGAUUUCUCCUGUGACACAAUGGCAGUGACAGCCACAUCUUGUAGGCCACACACUUUUCUUUCUCCUGUAGCCCCUUCUUGAAAGUAGCCUUGGCUAAGGAAUGACCUUUUUUUGGUCACUUCUUUGCUAGAGCCAUUAGAUAGCUUCCCCUUGCACUUAGAGUAAAAGCUAAAGCCUUUGCAGUAUUCUGCAAGAUGCUAACGUGAUCUUGCUCCUCAUUGUCUCUCUAAUCUCAUUUUCUACUGCUUUGCCAUGCUUAUUUUUGGUUACUUUUGUCCUUUUUAAAGACACAUGAAUUGUGCUUCAACACAGCCUUUGCUACUUCCUGUUUCAGGAAUGUUAUUUCUUAUAGAUACC